AUGGAGGCCGAUAAGCGAGAAGUUGUUCAUGUAUGCGUUCGAAUUCUCGAGAGUCUAAAGGUGCCUGGUGCAGCAGGACGAGAUCAGUUUCUAUCCACUCUUGCCCCGCAUGGGACUGCAUGCCAUUCCCGGUUUAUGGUAAACAAGGGCUUUGAAUAUGAACAAUUUCCAGACGGCUUUGCAGGGCGUAUACCAUGGGACUCGAUCGAAGCCGGCGAGCUCGAAGAAGGGCUUGAUGGCGAGCCUACAGUCUUGAUUGAUCGCGACCUUGCCAUGGUUUGGACGCCAUACUGGGUCACGCGCAAUGGUGUUCUCAGUCACCUUGGAACUAAUUGCUUUACUCUGAUAAAAGCGGCCUGGGAUGGAAACUUGCCGCAGAAAGUGGAGUGGAAGAUUUGUGGUAUGACCGACACUGCUCGGCCUCCAACAGAUGAGGAUAGGACACGGCUUGGGAAAGAGUAA